ACAAUUAUUGUGUUUAAUUCAAAAUGUCAAUCGAUUGCAAUUUAUCACCUACCAUUGAACCAAUUCGUCAAUUAUUUACAAAUAAAUUAUUACAGAAACCAAUAAAAUAUAAAAAUAUUCAAAUAGAAGCCUAUGAAGCAUGUAUGAAAAGUAUACAAAAUAUUCAAGAUCAAUAUAAUAUUGAUUUAAAUCAAUUAAAUACAUUAAAUUCAAUAAUAAUUAAUGAUAAAUCCUAUUGGAAAUGGGAAAUAAUUAAUUCAACUAUUGAAUAUAUACCAUCAUUUUAUUAUCAUCAAAAUUAUGAUCGAUCUAAUAAAAUGAUAAAUAAUCAUCAUCAUAAUAAUAAUCAAUUCAAUAAUCAAUAUUCUAUAAAACAUUCAAUGAUAAUUCCAUCAACUCCAUGCAAAAAAUCAAAUCAAAUUGAUCGAAAUCAUCAUACAACCGAUAAUAAUGGAAUAUAUAUUAAAGAUCAAUUCACUUGUAAACAAUCUAUUCCAUUGAAUAAUGAAAUGAAACAGAUAACAUUACAUAAUAAUCAAUCAUGUAAUUUAUUUACACUAUGGCAACCAAAAAUAAAACGUGAAAAUUACAUUCAUUUAAACAAGAAUCAAUUAACAAAUAAAUUAAAAAUCAAUCAUCUUUCAUAAAUUAUCGAUCUAAAAGUUUAGAUCAUUAUUCAAAUCAUUUAAUACAAUUAAAUCAAUAUCAUAAAACUAAAAUAAAAAAUCACUUUUCUUCAUGUAUUGAUCUUUAUCAAAUGAAUAAUAAACAAAUAAAAAAUCAAUAUGAAACCAUUGAUUCUCUAUCGAAAGAAAUCAAUAAAAAAUCAAAAAAUGAACAUGUGAUUAAAAAAUCUAAGCAAAAAAUAAUCAAUAAUCAUUUAUUGAUUACAUGA